AUGGCUACUAACGAUAGUAGUAAAGCAACACGUCAGUCAACUGCGACAAUACAAAAAGCUGACGCUGAAAUAAUUGCAACUCAUUUAGAAUCAUUGUUAGAGGAUAAUCUAAAAUCAACUGAUGAUGAAAAACGUCGUGUUGGUUUGAAAUUAUUAUUAGCUGUACUUCAAGUGCCGUUGGAAUAUCAUAGUGAUUAUAACGAAAUAUUAUUCGAUUGCAUAAAAUGUUUUUUAAACAAUUCUAGUCAACAUUUUCAAGAUGAUGAAAUUAAAAGCCUAUUAGAAUAUGCUGCAGUUUCAAAAGCUUUAACAAGUGAACAGCAUCAAUUUAUCCUUGAAGAUAUAUCAACACGCGAGUUGUCUCUUGUCGGUAAAUCACCAAAUCUACAACAACAACAGCAACAACAACAUGUUAGUAGUCAAGAAGAAGUGAAUCGAAAUACACGUGGGAAUGCAAAAGUGAGAAACAGAGGAAAUCGAGUAAAUGGUAAACCGGCACAAUGUCGACAAAGUGCUCCAUUGUUUGGCAGAGAAUAUCUUUCUAAUAUUCCAAAGAGCGCUCCAUCUGAACCACAUCAACAGUCCCGUAGAGCAGGUAACAAUCGUGGUUCAUCAAAUAGUAGAGUCAUUGGAAAACGUCCGUCUCGUGGUUUCGAUGACACUAAUGGCUAUGAUGAUAUGUCAAAUGUUGAUUUAAGUCAAUAUCAAUGUUUCAACUGUAAUGAAUUUGGGCAUAUCGCUCGUGGUUGUUCGAGACAAACCGUUUAUGAUAAACGAGGAAGAGGUGGAUAUAAAAUGAAGGCUAGAGGUGCACCUAAACAUUUUCAAACAAAUAAUCAUGGUGAGCGUGCAUAUGCCUACUUGAAUCCAGCUACAAGUGAUGAUGAUGAAUCAAGUGUAUCAUCUAAUGAUGACGAAACAGUAUCAUCAACAACAUCAACAGAUGAAAUUUUAAGCGAUAAAUCAGCAAAAAGAAAACAGCAAAAGAGAAACAAACCAAAUUAUCCUUCGAUAUUGAACAAUACAUUAAUAAGGAAAAUUCAUUACUUAACACUGAAAUUUACAACUGGAAAAAACAUCGCUGAUAAAAAUGAAAAUGAUCUUCCAGCAUUAAUUGAAUGUAUUAAAAACAUGAAUAAACAACAAUACAAUGAACAAAACGAAAGUUUAUCUUUCAAUAUGCUAGUUCAUAUUGCUCAGAAUGACCAUGUGUAUAACAAUGAACAAUGUACAGAAUUAUUCCAUCUUAUAUACGACAAAAAUGUUUUGAUAAAAGAUGAAUAUUACAGGAAAUUGAUAAAAUUUUUUAUUGAUAAUGGUCGACAAAAAUUUUGUCGGCAACGUCCAUUGAUUCCAUUGAAUGAUAUUAAUAUACACGUUCAUAAUUCAACUGAAACGAAACGAAUGAUGUUGAAUGAUAUCCAAGAAUAUUUAUUACGUUCAGACGGUUCCAUUGAUCAACUAUUAUACGAAAUAUUGAAAGAAUUUAUUACAAAGAAUCUUAAUUUAGAUAAUUUGUUUUAUAAUCGUAUUUGCCAUUUGAUAUUUAAUACUAAAAAGAACUUGUUCAAUGAGCAGCAAACAAAUGAAUUGACUGAAUGUGUUCGCACAAGAGAAAAACGUCUUGAACGAAAUAAUAAGCGAUCGAAUUGGCUUAAACGAUUGGCAGGUAUGAAGAACCAACAAGUUAAUGAAGAUAUCGAUCAGUUACUAAAUGAUUUAGAGCAAAUGUUGAAUGAGAUUACGAGCAGAAGUUCGCAGAGCGAAAAGAAUAAAGAGAAAUCACAGUAUAUUUUAAAUUAUUAUCGAUGGUAUGAUUCGAUAUUAUUAUUAGCUAGUUGUGGACAUUUGAAUGCAGAACAAUAUAAACGUUUAUUAACAAUUGGUAUUGAAUCUACUAUAUUCAAUGCAAUACAAAAAUGUUAUAUGAAUCACUAUUUGAUUAAAGGACGAGCACCCGUGACAUUACAAGAAUUGAAUGAUAUGCAAUCAAAACUUCAGAAUAAACAACAACAAAGUGAUGUAGACGCUGAUUGUAAUGAUAAAGAACAAGCGUUUAUACAAAUAAAGCAAAUUUUAUCAAUAGAAAAACCAUUAUGUUCUGAAGAUAAUGUGACAGAUUCAACGUCGUUAAAACCAGAAUCUCUAAUAAGUGAUAAUGAAAAAAAAAAAGAACAGAAUCGAUCAUCAAAUCAAACAACGAACAACAAUUAUGAAUCUGAAAAUAAAAUUCCAUUUCUUAAUAGUUAUAUAACAAGUCGAUUGAUAUCACUAAUUGAAUCGAUAUGUUCAGAUGUUCAGACUUUUUCAAUGGAACAAUGUAAAGAACUGCUAGAUUUUACUUUAAAAACAUCAACAUUAUUAGAACCGAUGGCUCGAAAUGAGAAUGAAAAAUUACAAUCAUUCUAUUUACGUCCGGUAUCAGUCGAUGAAUUAUUACCAAUAUGUACAAAACUAGUUGACAUGUCAACAAGUGUUAACAAUAAAGAUGUAUUCAAUGAAUUUAAAACAUUAGUACAAAAGCGUGUAUUUACAUUUCCAAAUUCACUUGAUCUUUUAACAAAUACACUCAUUCAAAUUUAUCAAAAUAAAACAAAAUAUUCAAAUGAACAAUGUAAACAAUUGAAAAAUAUUAUUGAAAAAAAACAUUUAAAUAAAAAACGUAAUAAAAAAUUAUCGAAAGCUUUUCAACUUGCACGUUCGAAUGAAAGUCCAACAUCUUUUCAACAGGCACCAUCACAAGGACAGCAACAUAAAGAAAAAACAACGUUAAAAACACAAUAUAAUACAAAUUUUAUACCGUUGAAUUCAAUUAUUUUAAAUCGUUUAUUUACUAACAUCAUGCUACAUGAUCAACGUGCUUAUCAAGAAUUUUUAAAAAUUAUCGAACAGUUACCAAAAACAAUGUCAACAACACCUCGAAAUUCGACAAUCGAACUAAAUUAUUGUUUAAUAACGGCCAUUAUUCUUUAUAUAAAACAACAUAAUUCAGAUAAUAGUAUUGAUCAAACAACGUUUGAUCAAACGAAAUUAAAUCAAAUAUUAAAACAUAAUCAGACUUAUUUUUCAACGUUUAUAUCAGAACAACAGCAACGAUAUAUUUUCUCAAAUCUAACGGUGACUACAUCGAAUCAAAUUGAUGUUUUAAUAAGUAAUUUGACACAAGGUAAAGGUGACAUGAAAACAGUUUUAUCAUCAGUCGAAACUAUUAAAACAAAAACUGAUCUUCAGAAAGUGCUUAGUUUUAUUAUUUACACAUUUGAAAAUGAUAAUCAACAUCAACUAUAUACAGAGAGUAAUAUAGCUGAUUUAAUCAAAUUGGUCAAACACCAUCCAUUAUGUGAUCAAUCAGGUAAAAAUACUUUAGAAUAUUUGAAUGAUUUAUUAGAAAAACAUCACUUACAUUUAUCUCCCAAACAAAUCAUGAAACAACUGGAAGAUAUUACUGAUGAUAAACAAUAUGAUUUGAUAUUGAUAAAUAUUCAACAUAUGCUCGAAUUACCUAGUUCAAUAUAUACUAUUAGUGAAUGGAAAAAAGCGAUGGUUCGUGUUUUAAAACAUUGUUUUACAAACAAAAAUAAAUUAUUAAUUAACGAUGCACAAAUAGACAAUUUGAAACAGAUAGCUAAAUCAUCACCAAUGCUUUCACAAAAAUUAUUUCAAACACAGUUAAUGUCCGAAUGGAAGACUAGUGUAAAAGACAAUGAGCAAAAAAAAGAAAUAUCUUCUACACAAACUUCUUUAUCGAAUGAGAAUACCAAUGAACAUACAGAAUUAUUUUUUAAACUUGAAACAUCUGAUCCAUUGUUGAAUGAAAAUGCUGUAACUCAACUACGUCUUAUUCUUGAAAAUGAACAAUUACCAUUAACAAUUUCCAUCAAAAAAUAUAUUUCUGCUUUGAAUUAUUUAUUCAAACAUUCCGAAAAGUUUUCAAUUAGUUCUCAUAUCGAUCAAUGGUUAAAUUUAGUGGCAAAUAAUCGAAAAAAAUUAUUUGAUGAUCAACAAUGUGAUGAAUUAUUAAUUACAUUGAUAUUUCUAAAAUUAAAUUUAAUAAAUCAUAAUUUAUUAUCAAUAAAUCAUUUGAUUAAAUCACGAAAUCGAUUAGAAUGUAUAGAAGGUUUAAAUUUAUUUGGAAAAUUAUUAGAAUAUAACAAUCCACAAUAUUUGUGUAAAACAUUAGGCGAACAAUUAUUCGCAAUGAUUCGAAACGUUGCGUAUAACGAACGUUUUAAUACUGAUAAUGUUAAAAAGGCUCUAAAAUAUGGUCAAAAUUGUCAACAUUUAAGUGAUAUACAACGUGAAAAGUUACAAUCAUUAAUUUAA